AUGAGUCGCGCAGGGAUAAGGCAGCUUUCGCUGCUUCGGGCGUCGAGACAAUGUCUAUCUCCCCGAUCCCUUGCUACCGUUGUAAGGGGGCCUAUCGCUCGCUCGACACCGCCAUCAGCAACUUUGUUGGGACGCCAGAGAUAUCGACUUUUCAGCACAACACGGCCACGAAGAAGUCAGGACGAGCAGGAUGAAGAUGCGGGCUCGUACAGCGAAGCGGAUCAUGAACAUGCUGUUAUUUCCACUUUCGAUCUGUUUUCUAUCGGCAUUGGUCCCUCAUCUUCUCAUACUGUUGGGCCCAUGCGUGCUGGCAACAUUUUUGUCAACGAUUUGAUCGACGCCAAUUUGCUCCAAAAAGUCAACAAAAUCCGCGUCGCCAUUUAUGGGAGUCUAGCUCUCACAGGUGAAGGUCAUAUGACUCCUUCGGCUCUACUCCUUGGUCUCGAAGGCGCCGAUGUCGAGACGGUCGACACAGGCUACGUGCCCAGCCGCUUCGAAGAGAUCAAGUCCAGUAAGAAGAUUUUCCUAGCACGUGGGCUGGCCGCAGAUGGAUCCAAAGGUAAGGAGAUUGAUUUCGACUAUGAGAAGGAAUUCAUCUGGGAAUGGGGUCGUAAGCUUCCCCAACACAGCAACGGCAUGCGCUUCACUGUCUACGACAAGGAAGGCUAUGUCAUAGCCACCAACGAUAUGUUCAGUGUAGGCGGCGGUUUCGUUGUCAACGGUGCUCUUAGUAUCGCACCCCAAGAAACCCUCUCCGCAAACGCCCCCGCUCAACUCGAAGUCGGAGAUUCGGACACGGCAGCUCACCCGGCUGAUUUGGCCGAGAACAUGUACUACAAGGAAAUCCGGCGCUCAGAUGCCGCGGGAGAUCGACGAACCGGCACCGAAGUCAAGGCCCUUGAGGAAGCCAAUGAGGGCCCGACAGCUCUCCUCGGAGACUCGCCUGAGCCAACCGGCCUCUCUACCGAUGUCAAGUCCGAGACCAAGGACACCAGCUCAUCGCCGCAUCCGCGGUAUCCAUUCCGAGAUGCCGCUAGUCUGCUUUCACUCUGUCGCAAACACAAUCUCACUAUCGCGCAAUUGGUGUAUGAGAAUGAGAAGAGUCUAGGAUAUACCGAUGAGGACAUUUAUCGAAAAAUCUUCAAGAUUUGGGGAGUCAUGGAUGCUAGUAUCCUGGAAAGUGUCCAGGCACCAACGGGCUCCAAGCUUCCUGGAUCCCUCAAGCUGCAUCGACGAGCGCCGGCGCUCUACCGCCGAUUGACUCGAGGCUUGUAUCCCUCGUCGACUGCUGAUACCUCAGCUGCUCAACUCGAGCACAAGUUCUCUUCGCCCGACGGCAACAUCAACGAAGAUGGCGCGGGCUCAUCACCGAAAGCUCUACCAGCGACUUCAUCUCCGUUGGUGCCAGAGAAGUUCAAGGCUGGAGGCCUUCGGAAGCGCGGUCCGCCACGGAUUCACGGUUCUCUGGAUCACCCCAUCGCUCCAGCUCCUUCUCGCCGGACGACAUUCCCCACCAUGGACUAUUUGUCUGUCUAUGCUAUUGCUGUCAAUGAAACCAACGCUGGCGGCGGUCGAAUCGUCACCGCUCCCACCAAUGGCGCCGCAGGCAUUAUUCCAGCUGUGCUCAAGUACACCACAGAGUUCAUCAGCGACGAUCCUGAACGAGAUAUCCCCACGUUCCUGCUCACUGCUGCCGCGAUCGGUAUGCUUUAUAAGCGAGGUGCCACUAUCUCAGCCGCCGAAGGAGGAUGUAUGGCGGAGGUCGGCGUUGCCUGCUCCAUGGCCGCUGGCGCUUUCGCUGCCUGCAUGGGAGCCAGCCCUGAAACAAUCGAGCAAGCCGCAGAAAUCGGUAUCGAACACAACCUCGGACUGACAUGCGAUCCCAUCGGCGGACUCGUCCAAGCUCCUUGCAUCGAGAGAAACGCGCUGGGCGCGACAAAGGCCAUCUCCAGCGCCAACCUGGCGCUUAGCAGUGAAACAGGCACGCAGCGCGUGAGGCUGGACGACGCUAUCCGGGCGAUGCGGCUGACGGCCAAGGGAAUGAGGAACGAGUUCAAGGAAACGAGUUUGAGUGGAUUGGCUACGAGCGUUCACAUUAAUAUUCCAGUCAGUUCCAACAAUGAUGUCAGAGUUGACUCAAAAGAGCUCGUAGUAUUGGUGCUUCGAGAUAUCCUACAGUUCGAAAGCGCGGCGAUUUCAGGUUGUGACUGUUGCGCAUUCAUUGUCAAGAGUCUCACAUAUUCAGGCUUGUUGGGGACCGAGAAUCGGAUGGGAAUUCAGCUUUACCUUCGACUUCCGAUUGGACAAGGAAAUCCAGAGAUAUUAUUCGGCGAUCCUGAGCGCUCGCAAAUGUUCUUGCAAUUCUAUACUGACUAUGCUCAAGGAGAGACUUGGAAACGAGUCAAACCUUUGCCAGACAUUUGUGAUGACCAUCUAUCACGCGAAGGCUUAAGCUUCGUCAACGCUUGUUUCUAUAACUGUAUCAAUGACCAUAAGCUCUGCAAGCAAGACAACUCUACUUUGCCAACCCGCAUUUUAGACAUAGGGAGCCCUGGAGAUGGUGAAGUUCGUCUGGUUGAAUCAGAGGUUCUCAAACCUGAGAAAUAUGUCGCACUCAGCUACUGCUGGGGUAGAAAUCCAUCUAUCAAAGCCUUGACUGGGAAUUUGGAGAACCUGAAGACUGGGACUGGACUUGAGGAACUUCCAGCAGCUUAUACUGACGCAAUUGCAUUUACUCGAGAACUCGGGGUAAGAUAUUUAUGGAUAGAUGCACUCUGCAUCAUCCAAGACUCUGAAGCCGACUGGGAACGAGAAUGCUCCAGGAUGGCCGAUACAUACGCCAACGCUUUCUUAACCAUUGCAGCCUCGUCAUCAACGUCUGUGACCAGUCACUUUUUGCGGCCUCAGCUCAAGCCACCACCGCGAGCGGCUCAGGACCAGUGCGCGAUCUACAGCGAAUCAAUGAGAAGUGAAAGGGGGCCUCCGAUAUUACUGAAAGUAAGGCUCAUGCAAGCAACCGGUGCUCAUUGGAAGUGGAGACCAUCUCACAGUACAGAUCAACAGCCGCUCGUGGAACCUCUCACUCAGCGAGGCUGGACGUUGCAGGAGAAGGUCCUAUCAACCCGGCUUCUGUCUAUAUCCGUGAUGGAGAUGGCAUGGACGUGCAAAGAGGCAAUAUUCUGCGAAUGCGGAUCCAAACUGAAUCAUCAGCGUGAAUUUGGAGGGACGCCAUUGAGUCAAAUAUCGCGACAAGGUGAAGCCUUUAAUUUCUGGCACAAAGUCAUUGAGAAUUACUCUAAAAGAAACCUCACACAACCCGGCGAUAAGCUUCCAGCGAUAUCUGCUAUAGCCGCUUCAGUCCAGAAGAAGAUCGGGUCAGAUUACGUGGCUGGUCUAUGGACUGAUAACAUUGAUCUGGAUUUGUUGUGGCGGAGGCCAUCAGCCAGUAGGAUUCAAGCUGCCAACUCAUCUUACAUCGCCCCGAGCUUUAGUUGGGCUUCAAUCACGGGAGAGGUCGAUUACCUGUGUUUUAGGAACGGAAAAUGGCCAUAUGAAAAGGCCGCUACUGUGCUGGAGAUCAAUGCAGUAACAGGUCCUGAGGCGCCACUUGGAAGAGUCACCAGCAGCAAGAUGAUAAUCAGCGGGCCACUGGCGAUGGGGUAUCUCGAGAGUCGGGGCCCGUAUGAUUGGUACGCGGUGCGUCUUGGGCGGGCUCUUCUGUGGUUUUCCGCCGAUACGAGCCUCUCAACAAUCGUAAACGGCAGCGAAGUCUCAGUGUGCAGAAGAAGCCGCGAGUACAAGGGAAGCGAUGUAGCAGAGGAGCUGAAGCGGCUAAACCGAAAGCGGAGUUCUGAGGAUACACACCACCUGACCGAGCCCACCACGGGUAAUGCAGCGAUUCGAUGUUGGGUGCUGAGACUUGGGGCAUUUCCGUUCGGGGAUAAGGGGCAAAGAGAUCACGAGUGGCUAGUGCUGGGGCGGUCAGCGACACAGCCCGAGCUCUUUGAGAGGAUCGGACUAGGGUCGCUGAAGGAUAGUCAAGAGGCGGAGGUUCUCGAGUUGGAGACGAUAACGACAGUUUCGAUAGUUUAG